AUGGGCAGAGGGGACUUCCAGCAGGACCUGGAGGACGCCGACCUGCUGAUCCAGCUGGAGGCCUUCGAGGAGGCCAAGGCCGAGGACGAGGAAGAGCUUCUGCGUACCUGUGGGGGCGUUAACAUGAACAGCCACCAAGACGUCUUCGCGUCUGUGUUCCACAAGGUGAGCUGCUCCCCAGCCUCCUCCCAGCUGCUGUCCGUGCUGCAAGGUCUCCUCUACCUGGACCCCAUCCUCCCCUCCAGCCAGCUGCUCUGGGAGGCUCUGGAGAACCUGGUACACCGCGCCGUGCUCCUGGCCAGUGAUGUCCAGGAAUGCACCGUAGAGGAGAUGGUGGAGCGGCUCCUGUCCGUCAAAGGGCGGCCACGCCCGAGUUCCCUGAACAAGGCCCACAAGAGUGUCCAGGCCGACCUAGGCCAGAGUCGGAAGGCUCCCCCACUCCCGGGCAUGGGGUGCCCCCCACCACCCCCACUGCCUGGCCCUCCUCCACCCCCACCCCUGCCGGGUCCCUCUGGCUCCUCUACGGUGGGUGGCGAGGAGGAGAUCAUUGUGGCCCACGUGACCCACAGCCUGGGUUCUGCCGGGGUCCCAAGCCACCGGCGCGUAAACCCCCCCACUCUGCGCAUGAAGAAGCUCAACUGGCAGAAGCUGCCGUCCAAUGUGGCCCGAGAGCACAGCUCCAUGUGGGCCUCGCUGAGCAGCCUGGGAGCCGAGGCCGUGGAGCCCGACUUCCCCAGCAUCGAGCGGCUGUUCUGCUUCCCCGAGGCCAAGCCCAAGGAGCACGUGGCCGCCCCGGCCAGGAAGGAGCCCAAGGAGAUCACGUUUCUGGACUCCAAGAAGAGCCUGAACCUGAACAUCUUCCUGAAGCAGUUUAGAUGCUCCAACGAGGACGUCACUGCUAUGAUCCGGGCUGGGGACGCCACCAGAUUCGACGUGGAGGUUCUCAAGCAGCUUCUCAAGCUCCUUCCUGAAAAGCACGAGAUUGAAAACCUGCGCUCCUUCACGGAGGAUCGGGCCAAGCUGGCCAACGCCGACCAGUUCUACCUUCUCUUGCUGGGCAUUCCCUGCUACCAGCUGCGGGUGGAGUGCAUGCUGCUGUGUGAGGGAACAGCCGUUGUGCUGGACAUGGUGCAGCCCAAGGCCCGGCUGGUACUUGCUGCCUGCAACACCCUGGCGCCCUCCCACAGGCCUGCUCACCAGCCACCAGCUGCCCAUCUUCUGCCAGCUGAUCCUGAAAAUUGGCCACCCCCAUUCCCACCCCCUCCCCACCAGGCAGCCGAGGCCUCACUCCCAACCCGGACCCGGACCCUCAUCAGCACGCUGCUGAAGCUCACGGAGACCAAGUCCCAGCAGAGCCGGGUGACCCUGCUGCACCACGUGCUGGAGGAGGUGGAGAAGAGCCACCCAGACCUCCUGCAGCUGCCCCGGGACCUGGAGCAGCCCUCCCACGCAGCAGGGAUCAACCUUGAGCUCAUACGUUCUGAGUGCAGCACCAACCUGAAGAAGCUUCUGGAGAUGGAGCGGAAGGUGUCGUCCUCCAUCCCUGAGGUGCAGGAGCAGUACACCCAGCGCCUCCAGGCCAGCAUCGAGGCCUCCCGGGCGCUAGAUGAAGUGUUCCAGGCCAUCGAGCAGAAGAAGCUAGAGCUGGCCAGUUACCUGUGUGAGGACGCUCAGCAGCUCUCGCUAGAGGACAUGUUCAGCACCGUGAAGACCUUCCGGGACCUCUUCAUCCGUGCCCUGAAGGAGAACAAGGACCGGAAGGAGCAGGCAGUGAAGGCCGAGAGGAGGAAGCAGCAGCUGGCAGAGGAGGAGGCCCGGAGGCCACGGGGCGAGGAUGGGAAGCCCGUCAGGAGGGGAGUCGGGAAGCAGGAGGAAGUGUGUGUCAUCGAUGCCCUGCUGGCCGACAUCAGGAAGGGCUUCCAGCUGCGGAAGACGGCCCGUGGCCGAGGGGACGCAGAGGGGGGCAGCAAGGCGGCUGCCAUGGACCCGCCGAAGGACAAGGCGCCUGCGGCCACCAGAGUCUCCGCAGGAGGCACCGGCUGCCCCACCUCUGAGCCCCAGGGUCUCUCGGACGCCACUGCCCCCAGCCCUCAGCCCACCGCAGACCCAGCAGAGGGUGGGCCUGGGUCCCUGGAGAGGCGUUCUUCCUGGUACACUGAUGCCAGCGAUGUCCUGACCACAGAGGACCCCCAGAGCCCGCAGCCUUCUCAGGGCGCCUGGCCGGUGCUGCUGGGAGGUGCUCAGGCCCUGAAGCCUCUCAUGUUCUCUGCUGACAAGCCCCCUGGAGCCACGGGGUCGAGCCAAGAUGCUGAAGGCCCCACAGCCCCUCGGGGCAGCUGCCUGGCCGAGGCCGACAGCACCAUGGAGGGGCCGCAGGAGGCAGCCACCCACAGGCGCAGUGCCAACCUCCCCACCACAGGCCCUGUCGUGGCUGGGGAUGGGGAUGGGGACCAGGAGGACACAGCCCCAGAUUCUGCGCUGGAUACGUCCUUGGACAGGUCCUUCUCUGAGGACACACUCACGGACUCUUCAGGGUCCGGCACUCUCCCCAGGGCCCGGGGACAGGCCUCAAAGAGGACAGGCAAGCGAAGGAAGAAACGCCCCUCCAGGAGCCAGGAAGGCCUCAGCCUUAAGCCCAAAGCCAAGUGAGAGUGCCAGGCCGGCCCCCCCACCACCCUGGGCCUCUGGAUGUGCUGCCGAGUGGGGCUCCCCCCAGGCCAGGAUGGAACUGGGCCCCUGGGAAACCAAAACUCUGUGCCUUACCCUCCAGGGAGGUGGGCCUCCCAGAGCUGCUUGGGGUAUUCUGGCCGAGACCCCAGCAGGCACCAGGGCCCGGCCCCCGGCCCCCUCCUGGACAGCCCGCACGCCCCCAGCCCCCUUGUGGUCUGCUUCCUGAAUGCCGAUGCCCACGCCUGCGCCCGCACGCACCCCAGCACCUGCCCGCAGGGGUGAGGGUCAGUGGCUGUGUCCCUGGGGCACCUCUAAGCUUGCGCCCUGCCCUCCAGCCUCCUGGCGCCCAGAUGCUUCUGGGGAUGGUCCUGUGCAGACCUCUCCCCCAAAGCCAGGGGAGCCAGGCAGAGCUGGAGCCCCCACACUCCCACCGCUGCCUCCUUACCAAGCCCCAGUCCCCUGCUCCCAGCUCUGCCUCUCAACCUGUUCAGCCGGGCUGGAGCAGAGUGGUUUUUAACUGAGGUAUGAUUGUUGGUGCGUUUCUGCUCUGCUGUGGGAGCUGAGUUGGGCAUAGGUGGGUGGGCAGGUAGGAGGACACAAGGGCCUGGGGUAGGGGCAGGCCAGCCAGCAUCGCCACAAACAGGCCACGGUCCCCCUGCUCAGCAAAUGGGUGGGGGACCCCGUGGAGCCGGCCCCCAUCCCGGUACAUCCAGCCCUUGUGCCACCACCGGGACUUGGCCACCUAGUCGCCAGAACGACCCACCCAGCCCCCGCUGCUGCCGCCUCCUCCAGAGGGACCAGGCCCCCCCCCCCCCCCCUGGGCUGAGAGGAGGCCGAGGACCCAGGCCUGGGGCUGCCCCCACUCCCUGCCCCAGCCCUGCCCCAGGUGUGUGCUGCCAAGGCCGGCGUCUGGAGAGGCUCAGACCAAUAAAGAAGGAAGAGCUGGCCCAGUGA